AUAACAAUAAGCCAAUAUUCAAUAUGUUAUUCAGAUUAAGUAACUUUGCACGAAAAAGACCAUUGCUCUUGAAUUCUAUAACAUAUGGCUUUUUUUAUACAUGCGCUGAAUUUGCACAACAAAGUUAUAAUAAAAAAUUCCAGAUUAUUCAACCUGUAUCCACAUAUGGAGUAGAACUACAGAAUAUCGAUAGACCAAUACUUUUGUGGUUACAAAAGUGCAAUAAUUUUUUAGGUUUAUUAGAUCAUGAAUCUUCCAUGUCCAUACAACAAUAUAAUUGGCCACGUCUUAAAAGAUAUGCUAUUUAUGGUUUUUUUUUAGCAGGACCAUUGUUGCAUGGAUGGUACAAGUGGUUAGAUACAUUUUACAAAGGCAAAUCUAUAAAAUUGGUUCUAACUAAGUUAUUUCUUGAUCAAUUUAUAUUAACACCACCACUGAUCUGUCUAUUCUUUAUCAGUAUGAGUUUGAUGGAAAGUAAAUCUGAUAUUUUUGAAGAAUGUAAAACAAAGUUUCUUAAAACUUUUCAGACAUCAUGCCUAUUUUGGAUACCUGUACAAUUUUUCAAUUUUGUAUUAAUUCCUCCUACUCUACGUAUCACAUAUGUUAGUAUUGCAGCAUUAUGUUGGGUGAAUAUUCUUUGCUAUAUAAAAAACGUGCCUUUAGUUAAAUUUAAUGAUAAAAAUUAACAUAAAAAUACAUUACUUCCUUUCUCUCUCUCUCUGUGAAGUUAUUGCUAUUAUUAAAAAUAUUACAAUAUUUUUA